GCGUCAUUUUCCUCCUGCUGGCGAUCAUAGCUAAAGCGGUGUUAUGGUGUCAUCGUCUUAUCGGUUUGGGGUUUGACAACAGAAACAACAGCCUUAUUUCGUGUCCAGCCACGACAUCAUAUUUCCACUGGACUCUCUGGAGAGAUGAACAACAACGGGAAUAAGAGAGCUCCAACCACAGCCACUCAGCGACUCAAGCAGGAUUACCUCAGGAUAAAGAAAGACCCCGUGCCUUACAUCUGUGCAGAACCUCUCCCCUCCAACAUCCUAGAAUGGCACUAUGUCGUCAGAGGCCCGGAGAAAACACCCUAUGAAGGAGGUUAUUAUCACGGGAAACUCAUUUUCCCUCGGGAAUUUCCUUUUAAACCACCAAGUAUCUACAUGAUAACACCAAAUGGGAGGUUUAAGUGUAAUACAAGGUUAUGUUUGUCCAUCACAGACUUCCAUCCAGACACGUGGAACCCGGCGUGGUCCGUCUCCACCAUCCUCACCGGUCUGCUCAGCUUCAUGGUGGAGAAAGGCCCCACCCUCGGCAGCAUCGAGACCUCUGACUACACAAAAAGACAGCUGUCAGCCCAAAGCCUGUUCUUCAACCUCAAGGACAAAGUGUUCUGUGAGCUGUUUCCCGAUGUAGUCGAUGAGAUGAAGCAGAAGCAGAAGGCGCAGGAAGAGUUAAGCGCCCGCACUCAGCCCCUCCCCUUACCCGACGUGGUUCCCGACGGCGACCCUCAGCACGCCCACUACGGCCUCCCCGCCCUCAACGGAGGUCCCGUUCCCCUCGGGGGCGCCAACCCUGCCCCUGGCCUGCAGCAGGCCAAUCGCAACCAUGGACUUCUAGGUGGAGCUCUGGCCAACCUGUUUGUGAUCGUAGGCUUCGCGGCGUUCGCCUACACGGUCAAGUACGUGCUGCGGAGCAUAGCCCAGGAGUGAGAGGAGCCUGUGUGGGGGGGGGUGGUGCUUCCCCCCCCCCCCCCCCUGCAGGCGAGCCAGCAAGUGGACUGCACAUUCGACAAACACACCGCAAGGGGGAGGGAUGUUCAGUCCUCGGGUAAACCCCUCCACGACCACCACAACCAACACCACCACCACCAUGGACUUUGGAAAACGGGAACUCAAAGCCGACCCACCCAGGAAGGAUUGAGAGGAGGGGAAGAGGAGGUGGGUGGGUGGGGGGGGGGGGGGGUGUUAGUAUGGCCCGGGGGACUGGAGGGGCUUAUUUAAACGGUUGUGAUCCGAUCUGUGCUUCAGUGGUUUGUGUCACGAUCAACUUGGCUCAUGGGUUGUGGAUGAGUGUAGAGGUGAAGUCACAUGCUAGACGCACCACUUGUUCUGUAACUUUACAGAUAAAAGCUUGUUUCUUAAUUAACUAUGUCACUUUAAUCUGAUAACCACCCAUCAGCUCAUAGACUCCUCAGGUCAUGACUUGAAUCUGUUCCAGAGAAAAAUGUUUUCAGUCGUGAGAAGAAAAGGAGUUCCACAAAGAGCAGUUAUGAGGUUGUACCAAUUAUCCAAAAUAAACUGCAACCAGUUUAUUUGAAACCGCGUGUGGCAUUGUAGUCUGUUUUAUUAUUCAACACCUUUCCAUUGGACAGGUUUCAGUUUUGUGCGGUUGCACCGUAAGAACCGGUUUCUCUACCUCCAGCUACAUAUCUGGUUUAACAUGGAAAUAAAACACAAAUUGUAUUCACUACGAAUGUGUUGAACUCCAGAUUAAAUAGAACUCCAAUCAUCCAUAAAAUGGAAACAGUAUUGACAAGUGUCUUUAUAUCUCCAUUUCUGUCUUCUAUAAAUACAUAAAAAGCAUCAAAGUUGGCGUCUCAGUCUGUGAGAGAGCUACUGAUCCAUGUUCAGAGUCUGAUUCAGUUUUCUCCUGUCAACCUAUGAGCCAAGCAGCGAUCCCAGAGCCUGCACAGAAUAAAUAGAGACCAGUACCUUUUUUUAAAUUGGCUUAGCUGAUCAGUAUAGCGCCAUUCUAUAUAGGUCCAAGUAAAGAGACACAUGGAGAGAACCACCAUUUUGUUUCUGAGUAUUAUUUUCUUUUUGAUAAUUUUUUCUUCGUGUUUUUGUUCUCUUAUUUAUAGAUAUGGCCUUGGCUUGUCUGUCAUGGCGCUAAGGAAAUGUUCAGUGUGUGUUUGCUAGGUGCGGGCUAACACACACACACAGACACACAGACAGGCCAUGGCCCAGGCUCACAUAAUUGCUGAUAAUUUCCUGUUGUGCAUUGCAUUUAGUAAAGAUGGUUCUACUGUAUAUCGGAUGAUCUGACAGAACAAUGAUCUGGAAGUGGAAGAUUUGCCUUUCUAUUGCUCUUUUCUCUUGGCGCCAUCUUAAAAAAAGAAACUGAUGAAGUUGAUGAUGAUGGGAGUGUUUGUGUGAUUAUAAAGCAAAUGCCCAAAUUUCCAUGCUUCAGUUAAUCUUGUGUGACAUUGUAUGUUUUCAUAGUAAAUGCAAAUAAAUUACCCUGCUUGGCGGGGCAUUUUAGAAAACCUUC